AUGCCCGUCGCGUCGCCACAAGACAUGUCAAGGCCCGUCUCCGGACCGUCGAGCUCGAAAACCGGAAAGGGAAAGGACAGCGCUCCCGUCAGGCCCGUGGAGGAACCAUUCGACAUUGUCGGCGCAUAUCGCAGAGCUCACGAGGAGAAUGAUUAUCCUCAUCCUCUGGCGGCAAUCAUGUCACUGGUGAAGCUCGUUCAGGCGUCUGACUCCUCGACCACGACAGGUAUGGUCCUCGAGUCGACCGCAGCCCGGCACACACUCAAGAAUACGCAGCCUUCACUCGGCGUGCAAGCUGGCUCCGAGUUGUGGGAGCUUUUUUUCAACGCGGCGGCGCUAGACUUCCCCACCGACGUUCCGGGCUUCAAGGAGCACCUCAUCAAGCAGGGAACAUACUUUUGCAAUGUACACGCCGAGAAUUGCAGAGAGAAGAUUGCGGAUGUGGCGGUGGGAUUCUUGAGGGAUGAUAGUACGAUCCUCACACAUAGCUACUCGCGAACAGUAAUGAAAGCAUUGCUGAAGGCGCAUAAGCAGCACAAGAGGAUCAAAGUCUAUGUUACGGAAGCAAAGCCAAACUGCCUCGGCCUAAAGACGUACCAGGAACUCACGGAAGCUGGAAUACCGUGUACGGUCGUCCUGGAUAGUGCCGUCGCAUACGUGAUGGAACGGGUGGAUCUGGUGAUUGUCGGGUCAGAAGCUGUGGUGGAGAGCGGGGGCCUCGUCUCGGCUGUCGGCACCUACCAGAUCGGUCUCAUCGCUAAAGCCCUCUCCAAACCUUUCUACGCCCUCGCCGAAUCGUACAAAUUCCUUCGGCAUUACCCCCUUUCCCAGACCGACAUCCCACUCCCCCAACCACAAGAUCCCAAUGCGCAACCUCAGACCCCCUCCAAUCCGCGUUCGGUUCUGAAAGCCAAAGCCAGACCCGUGUCCAAACCGGUCUACCCACUCUCCUUCUCGGCAUCACAGCUCCAGUCCUCAGCAUCACCGCACGACAAGUCGAAUACAGCGGCGGGCGCUAUAAGGAGCAUGACUCAAGAGAUGCUGGAUCGGAAUCCGGGGGUGGAUCUGACGACGCCUGACUUGAUCGAUUUCAUCAUUACGGAUUUGGGAACACCGUUGAGUCCGACAAGCGUCAGUCAGUAUCUUGUAGGUCUGUCUAUAGGUGGGCAGAGGGACUAA